CGGUUUCUUAAUGAUCCCCCCCUUUAAAAGACGCGGCUCAUCUCAUCUUCCCCUGCCUGCAACUGCAAUCCCAAAGCCAUCUCUCUCUUUCUCAGCAGCAGAAGCAGCAGCAAUAGUAGCAGGGAUCGAUGGGGGUCUGCGCGUCGUCGAGGAGGCGGGUGGAGCAGGAGCAGGAGUGCGACGAGAGCGUGGUGUACGUGAUGGACGGGCAGUGCGGCGGCGGGGGAGGGGAGGACGCCGACGGCGGCGCGGCGGCGGCGGCGGCCUGCCGGAAGGUGGCCUCCCUCUACUCGCAGAAGGGCAAGAAGGGGCCCAACCAGGACGCCGUCAUCCUCUGCCAGGGGUUCGGCAUGGAGGACGGCGUGUUCUGCGGCGUCUUCGACGGGCACGGCCGGUGCGGGCAGUUCGUCAGCAAGCUGGUGCGGGACUACCUCCCCUUCAUGAUCCUCAGCCACCGGAACGCGCUCUUCCUGGGCGUCGACGACGACGACCCGGCCUUCAGCGACGCGUCGCCGUCCUCGUCCACGGACGGCAGCGGCGGCGGCUCCUCGCCGUCCUCGCCGGCGCAGCUGCUGGAGGAGUGGCGCGAGGCCUGCGCCAACGCGUUCGAGGCCAUGGACAAGGAGCUCAAGCUCCAGCCCAACCUGGACUGCAGCUUCAGCGGCACCACCGCCGUGUGCGCCAUCAAGCAGGGGCGGGACCUCAUCGUCGCCAACCUCGGCGACUCCCGGGCGGUGCUCGCCACCAUGUCGGACACGGGGUACCUCACCGCCGUGCAGCUCACCACCGACCAGAAGCCCAACCUGCCUCAGGAGGCGGAGCGGAUCAAGCGCUGCAACGGGCGCGUGUUCGCGCUCAAGGACGAGCCGUCGGUGCAGCGCGUGUGGCUCCCCGACGAGGACUGCCCGGGGCUAGCCAUGGCGCGGUCGCUGGGGGACCUGCGGCUGAAGCGGCACGGCGUGGUGUCGGAGCCGCAGGUGACGCACCGCUGCGUCGGGCGCGGGGACCUGUUCAUCAUCCUGGCCACGGACGGCGUGUGGGACGUGCUGAGCAACGAGGAGGUGGUGUCCAUCGUGUGCGCCACGCCGCGGAAGCAGCACGCUUCCAAGGCCGUCGCCGAGGCCGCGGCGCAGCGGUGGCGGACCAGGUACCCGUCGUCCCGCGCCGACGACUGCUCCGCGGUCUGCCUCUUCCUGCGGGACCAGGACUGGGGCACCAGCGUCGCCGCGGCCAAGGCCAAGGCGGCCUCCGCCGCUGCCGCCGCGAGGGCGCCGGCGCACGGCCACUGCUAAGCCGGGGAGGUGCUCCGCCGAGAGUGUAACUAAGUGCUGUAACAUAGUGGUAAUUAAGAAGCUCUUGCUGUGUUUUUUUUUUCUUUUUGCAAAAAAAAAUGCAAAGGAGAUGAGGAGGGAAUGGGCGGGUAAUUCUCAGUUUUGACUCUUGAUCGGUGAUCGGUGAUCGGUGAUCAGCUGACCACGGUGACGGGGGAAACAAGGGAGUGGGUGGCGGGAACGCCGUUUGUACUCUGUCAGUAGCAUGUAAUGUUAUCAAGUGGAGUGCUUCUUUGAUGUUGCCGGAAAGAUUUCUCACAUGUCACUGGUUGAACCCUAAA